CAUAUCUGGUUUACUUGUAAGUUUUAUUGGGUAUGCCUUAUUUACUGCUUUUGGGCAACCCUUUCAACAAUUAGUAGAUCCAUUCGAAGAACACGGGGACUAAUUGAAGUAAUGAUGCCCCAAUAUGUAUGUUUAUUUGGUCACAUAUCCACUCCAAAAUCUACUCUGUUUUCCCUGCUUUUCCAAGCAAUGUAGUUGCUCAUCAAUUUCUUUCCUUUCAAAUAAACAUCCCAAUAGAGUUUGCUAAAGUUGAUAAGUAUGUCUUCUAGUUAACUAAAGUAGCAUAUUUUACCUAACUUCACCCUCCCAUAUCCUAAAUAAAAAGCUCCCAUUUCUCAUCCAAUCAAAACAUCCAUAACAUUUUUUGUUCAAAGACCACUUCUUCCCUUCCAUUUUACUUUGUUUUAGUUGCCAUAACGUCACCUUCCAAUACAACCCACAAUGAGGCAACAAUAUGUCUUCACUACUCUCACGUUGCUCAUCCUGUUUUCCCUCAGUUGUUCAACAACAUUAGCCCAAGCUCCGGCACUGGCUCCAGCACCUUCCGGUCCGACAAACGUCACCAAGAUCCUCGAAAAAGCCGGUCAAUUCACCCUCUUCAUUCGUCUUCUAAAGUCCACUCAAGUGGCCAACCAGCUGCUCGGUCAGCUCAACAAUUCCAACAAUGGUAUGACCGUUUUUGCACCAACGGACAAUGCUUUCUCCAGCCUUAAAUCGGGCACAUUGAAUUCACUCACCGAUGAACAAAAAGUGGAGCUGGUGCAAUUCCACAUCGUCCCAACAUACCUCACCUCGUCUCAGUUCCAAACCAUUAGCAAUCCUUUGAGAACCCAAGCUGGUGAUAGUGGCGAUGGCAAGUUCCCUCUCAAUAUCACCACUUCGGGGAACUCCGUGAAUAUAACAACAGGGUUGACAAACACCAGUGUUUCCGGCACUAUUUACACUGAUGGUCAGCUUGCUGUUUAUCAAAUCGAUCAAGUUCUUCAACCAUUGCAAAUAUUUGCACCUAGGCCUCCAGCUCCAGCACCGGCACCGGCAAAGUCGAAGAAUAAGAAGGCUACCACCGUUGCUGAUAGCCCCGAUGUUACCCCAGCUGAUAACUCCAAAGCGGCCACCUUGCAAAAUGUUGGUUUGUUUGGAGUUGCUGCUCUAGUUAUUGCACUUUCUUUGUGACCAUGAAAAUGGAGAAAAGAAGAAGACAGUGAUUUUGAUGGUGAUCAAGAUGGCGAGUGUUUUUUAUUUUUUCAAUAAUUAUCAUUUAAAAAAUUUAUGUUCUGUAUGAAGAUUGAAUUUUGAGUUUGUGUUGUUGAUUUCAUUUAUUUUUGUUUUGAAAUUUUCUUUGUUAUCUCUUAUUUCUCAAUUGUAAUUGUGAAUUUUGUGGCA